AUGUCAGAGCACACCAACAGCAGCAAGCAGGGCCUAAAAGAAGAGGCUAAAGAGUCGCUGACAGCUACCUUCAAACUUGACGUGCGUAACCCUUUCGCACGGCCGCCGCUGCAUGCGAUAUCGACGGUGCCGAAGUUAGCGGCAGCGCCAGACCAAGAGCUUUGCGGCGCCUGCGGGAGAGCUUCGCUGGCGGCUUUUCCCUGGGUGCCACAAAGCCAACCGCCACGAGAUCACUGGGGCCGGCUUGUCUGGGCUGAACUUACCUUGGACGGCUCUGCUCCGUCCAAUUCAGACUGA